GGCCGGUUCAUCGCGUGCCCAUGGGGGUUAGUUGGGGAGGGGGCGCGGAUAGGCGGCGCCUCUCACUUCCUGCGCCCCAGAACCCGCUCCUCACCUCUGCGUACACUCAGACCCUCGGCAUCCUGGUCCCCCCCGAGUGCUCAGCGUCCCCCAGAGCCGCAACCCUCCCCGCAUCUCGCCCAUCCCAUUUCCUUUUCUUCGAUGUCUUCUUUCCAUUUUUCCUUACUCUGACCAGGACCUGGCUCCCGUCGUUUCUUCCCUCAUCCAUUCCUUUUCUCGUCUAUCCCCAUCCCCCACCCUGCCCUUUUCCACUGCUAGCAGCCGUUCCCCCUCCUUUCUUGCCCCUUCUCUUCUCCUGCCUUGCAUCCCCGCCCGUUAGCCCAAGGGCCCAUUUCCCUUCAGUCUCUGCCUUUGUUCUGGGAAGGUCUGUAGUCUAGUUUCGGGCUGUGUGAGGUCCUUUUCGUUAAGAACCUCUGAGAGGUUUGCUUGUGAGGGUCGGGAAAGGGAGCCCCUGCUGGGUGAGGUUGUGUGUGUGUGUGUGUGUGUGGUGUGUUCAGGCCUUUGGCCUCCAGCAGGGUAGGCUGGGCUUGGCGAGCAGAGUGCAGCAGUAUGGAUGCUAUUUCCUGUAGGCUUGCACUGCAAAUGGGGCUGUGCCUUAGUCUCUGGUGUGUCAACGGUGGGGUGUGGGCCCAUGCUGGGUCACAAGUGCAGUUGAAUGUGCAAGUAGGAACACGCUGGCUAUGUGGCUGUUUCUAGGCUGGUGUGACUUGUCCAUGAGGCUCAUCCUCUGGACCCCAGUGCCUCCCUGAGGAUGGACAAAUCCUCCACAGGGGAGGAAGCUCUAGGGCUACUGGGGUCCUGAAUCUUUCUGGUGAGCAGUAUGGCCCCCCUCUCUGUGAUGGGCAGGUUUUGUUCCCUGCAAACACUCCUUUUCUGGAGUGCUUACUGCUGCCUUGCCCAGUUUUGGCCCAGUGUGUUCCUUCCUGUCAGACUCUUUUCCUUGGAGGAGGUUGCCACCCCCCCCCCCACCUAAACAAUGAGGGAUUUGUGGAGUGUGUAUCCUUACCUGGUGUCUUAGGGUAAGUUCCGUAUUUUAACAUGUUACCAGUUUUUUUCUUCUGACCUUGUGGGAUUGUUUUUCCCAUGUGGUCUUGCUGGACCCAGAAAUCAUCACCCAAAUGCCUGCUAUUUAACAAGAGGGGACUUUAUAAGUAUAUUACAGUAUGGCCUUGGCAGUACUCCUGGGCAAACCCCAAAGGCUUGAACUCUUCUUGUGGGAUGAGAAUUGGAACCUUUGACCAAGUUGACCCAUCAGUCUCUUUGGCUGGACUACUCUGGAAGUUCCUGCAGAACUGGGGGCAUUUACUCUAAAUGAUGUUGACUGUUGCCUGCAUGCGAGACUGGUUGAUUCUCUAGUUGCUGACAAGCAGAACCUGAGGCAGCAGCAAAGUCCAUCAUUGGCCACAGGAUAUGGGCAACAGCUAUCACAACUUUGGCAUCAAAUGGAGCAGGAAGAAGAACAUUAAGGCAGCCAUGAGUUCCAGCCACCCUGAGCCUGAAUCCCAGGCACUUCGGAGUCCCCGCACACAGCCACUGUCCCAGAGCUCUUCCAGCCUGCUUUGUGAAGGCCGGGGGCAGAGACCAGAGCUCCGCAAGAGUGCUAGCAGUACUGUGUGGCAGGCCCAACCUGGCAAGGCCAGCACUAGUCCCCAGGCCUUGGUGGAAGAGAGGUGCCAGACUGAGAGCACAGAGCAGGCACAGACCUCAAGCCCCCAUCUACGGUCUGGUGCUGUGGGGCACUGGCGAAGCAGCACUGUGGGAAAUGUGUCUACAAUGGACAGUGGUGACUUGUGUCGCCUGCGGGCCCCCAGUGUGGCUGCCAUGCAGAGGAGCCAUUCUGAUCUGGUCCGUAGCACCCAGACCCGGGGUCACAGCAGUGCUCGGAAGGCUAGCCUCAGCUGCUCAGCCCUCGGUGGCUCACCUGUCCGCAGGGCUCAGCUGCAGCCUGGCAGUAUUUCUGACCAGGUUGGCCAGCCACCUACAGGCCUGGAAAGAGAACUGGCUUCAGCAGAUGGAACUUCUAACUCAGCCUGGAUGCUGGAGGAGAGUCAGGUGUGGGUACCACCACCAGCCCUGGGGGACACAGCUACCCACAGCAGUGGUCCCCAGGCUGGGCCCAAAGCCACAGGGCAGCCAGCUACCGCCUCCUGCCAUGCUCUGCCCCCAGCAGCUCUAAUCUGCAGCAUGAGGGAGGCAGUGGCCAGUGGCUGCUGCCAUGCCCUGCCUGCCACAGGGAUCUUGGCUUUUCCCAAACUGGUGGCAUCAGUGAGCGAGUCUGGGCUGCAGGCUCAGCAGGGGAUGAAGUUCCACUGUAAGUUGCCUGGGGGGAUUCAUAGGCACUCCCACUGUUGUGCCCACCUUUGGGGUCCCACAGGGUUACCCACAGAGCCUGGCUCUAGGACCAAAGAUGUAUGUACCAUGACUUCAGCUAGUGACUUGGGCCCCAUGUUGGUAUCAGCCCAGGAUGCUGGUGUGCAGGCAGCUCCAGUGGCAGCAUGCAAGGCUGUGGCUACCAGCCCAUCCCUGGAAGCCCCUGUGGCUCUGCACAUGUUCCCAGAGGUAACUCUGGGGCCCAACCUGGAAGAGACAUCGUCCCCUGUGCGGGAUGUGCGGUGGGAUGCUGAAGGCAUGACAUGGGAGGUAUACGGAGCAUCAGUAGACCCUGAAGUGCUUGGUGUGGCCAUCCAGAAGCACCUGGAGAUGCAGUUUGAACAGUUGCACCCAGUGCCAGCCAGUGAGGACAGCUUGUCCAUUGAGGGCCGGAGGGGCCCGCUGAGGGCCGUCAUGCAGUCCCUACGGCGCCCCAGCUGCUGUGGCUGCUCUGGUGCAGCCCCUGAGUGAGGAACUGCAUCUCUCGGGCUAGCCUGGCUCAUGGACUCAGCCCUAUGCCAGGGCCAGGGACAGUGUGGGCCCUGUGCCCCCUGAACCCACUGCAGGUGGGCACAUCUUUCAUCUGAUAAAUAUUGACUACCUACAGAUCACAGAAUGCAGCCGGGGCUUCUGGCUUCAUGAAGCUGGGCUCUUUUUUAAGGGCUUGAUCUCCAAGAGCCACAUGUCUGCACAUUCCAGGCUCUGAACUUUGGGCCGGGGUUUCUGCACUGUGUAAAAACUAGCUCCUAAUUUUUCUGUAAAAAUAUUCAACCUUCAGUCUGCCCUUGAAAACUUUGUCAUGUUUCUCUUAGGUCUGUUGCUUUACUUUAAAGCAUUGCUGAGAAA